AUGACUGACUGGCUUGACAAAACUCCCCUGGAAUGGCAGUCUUAUGUCAACAAAGAGGUGAAAGUCAGCACUGAUGAAAAGAAUGAAUACCAAGGAUGGGUGAUAACCAUUGAUCCAGUGUCUGCCAGUGUUGUCCUGGCUAAUUUUGAGGACGCCCAGAAAACACUGGUGCGAGUGGUAAUGGGACAUGCUCUACAAAAAGUAGAGGCAAUCAAUGAAGCCGAUGACCUCAUUAAAAACAGACUUUCACAUAUUUUCAGCAUUCAUGAAACCAGUUUACACUCCAGUGAGGAUCUGGAGACAAGAAAACAGAGCUUGAAAAGUUGGCUGGAGCAAAACAAUAUUCCUGUUACUUUACAAGGAGACUCACUGAGGACAUUAUGUGUGGCAGGAGUACUAAGUAUUGACCCUCCCUAUGGACCAGAUAACUGCAGUAGCACUAAUGAAAUUAUAUUGUCUCGCAUACAAGGACUGUUACAAAGCUAUCUGACAAGCCAGUGA